AUGGCGGUCCUCAAGACGGCGGCAGCGCGGGCGGCCAAGCUCACGCCCAGCAAGCCCUUGCUGCGGCACCAGGAGGACGUGCGGCCCCUCGUCUGCACGGCGCUGUUCUUCGCCGUCUUCGUGUACGCCUGGCACAGCUUCGCGUCGCCCUGGAGCGGCGGCCUGCUGUCGUGGGCGACCUGGCUCGCGCUGUUCCAGCUGUCCUUCAUGGGCGCCGUGGCGACGCACAACGCCGUCCACCUGCCCGUCUUCUUCGACAAGAGCCUCAACAGCUUCUACCAGGUCUGCCUGUCGCUGCAGUACGGCGGCUCCGUGUCCGUCUUCGUGCCGGGCCACAACCUGUCGCACCACAAGUACCCGCAGCAGGCCAGAGACGUCAUGCGCACCACCAAAGUCCGGUACAGCUGGAACCUGCUGAAUGGCCUCCUGUUCUUCUGGCACGUGGUGCUCUCGGGCAACAGGGACGACAAGCUCUACUUUGCCGCGCAGGCCCGCCUCGGCCGCCCCAUCGCCCGCCAGCGCCGGCUCGAGGAGGCCGCCGUCUUCGGCGCCGCCGCCGUGCUGCUGCUGCUCGACUGGCGCCGCUGGGCCUGGUACGCCCUGCUGCCGCAGUUCUACGCAAAGUACUGCAUCCUGUCGCUCAACCUGCUGCAGCACGACGGCUGCGACAUCACCUCCAAGUACAACUUUGCCCGCAACUUCACCGACCCUGUCCUCAACUACCUGUGCUUCAACAACGGCUACCACACCGUGCACCACCUCUACCCGGGCCUGCACUGGUCCGUGCUGCCGCGCAAGCACCGCGAGCUCGUGGGCCCGCACAUCGCCCCCAGCCUCGAGGACCCCAGCAUCCUCGGCUACAUGUGGCGCAGCUUCGUCUGGCCCGGCCUGCGCCUCGACUACCGCGGCCGCCCGCUCGUCAUCACCAAGGAGGAGACCGAGAUGCGCGACGAGCCCUGGUUCUACGACGACAAGGAGACCUACUCCAAGACAACCGAGUACCUGCCCGACGGGAUGGAGUAG